UCCUUAUUACAGACUGGAACCUCAUUUGGAUUGCAGACAGACAGAAAUGCAGUCUGUGUUUGCGGUUUUCCUCGUGGCCGCUGUGGGUCUGACCCACGCUGGACCUCUCCCUGCAGAACCUCUCCUCCAAACUCAGGAGAACUUCGACCUGGACCGGUUCUUAGGAAAGUGGUAUGACAUCGCUUCAGCCUCAAACUGCCCCUGGAGGAGGAAACACAAAGGAGAUUCUCCGAUCGGAUCUCUGGAGCUGCAGCAGAGCGACACUCCCAACUCUCUGAGCAUGACCCGCAUCAUGUCCAGACAAGGAGAGUGUAAGAUGAUCACUGGGAACUACGUGAAGACCGAAACGCCAGGAAGAUUCUACUACCACAGUGUCAAAUGGUCCGCUGAUGUGGACGCCUACGUGGUGCACACGAACUAUGAUGAGUACGCUUUGGUUGUAAUGUUUAAACAGCGUGGAGAAAACAGGACGACCUCCGUCAGUCUGUACGGUCGUAAGAAGGAACUGCGGCCCACGCUAUUGGAGGACUUUAGGACCCUGGUGGCUGAACAGGGAAUGAGCGCAGAUACCAUCUCUAUUAAACACAACAAAGGAGAUUGUGUUCCAGGAGAAAAAACAACUCCACAAAUUGAGGUUCAGCUGAGGACGAGACGCUCACUGGUGCUCUCUCCAUCUGAUGAAGGUUCUGGCGAUGACACAACCUUAUUCAAAGGAGAAGACUCCUGUAAAGGUACUCCAGACCCUGGUCCAUGUUUUGGUAUCAUCCAUCGUUACUACUACAACUCCUCCAUCAUGACGUGUCAGAUAUUUGAUUAUGGAGGCUGCAUGGGGAACCAGAACAACUUUCACACUGAGAAGGAAUGUCUGCAGACCUGCCGCACCGAGGCUGCCUGUCGGCUCCCGAUAGCUGUGGGUUCCUGUAAAAACACUCAGCAGUUCUGGGCUUUCGACUCGACCAACGGAAAGUGUGUGUCCUUCAGCUACGGAGGGUGUGAGGGCAACGGAAACCGCUUCUACACACAGAAGGAGUGUGAGGAGUACUGUGGAGUGAGCAGAGACGGUGAUGAAGAAUUCCUCAAUGUCAAUUAAAGACGGCAGAAGAAUGUCAGUAAAUACCAAACAGUAGCUGAUUUCUUCCCCAUAACCAUAGACAUAAUACAGAAUUCAACUAAUUCAUUAUCAGCAGUGUUUUUAGAAAUAACUUCAGCUCAGAUGUAGAAACUUUUUCUAAGAUUUUCUUGGAAAUAAUAACAAUAUUCAAUCAAAUCUGUCUGUUGGAGAUUAUUUCACACUCAUUGUAUUGAUGCAUUUAAACAAAUAAAAUACAAUAAAACCUU